CAGUGUGUGCAUGUUGUAUACAUGUUCGGACUGACUUCUAUUCUCAACCGUCCGCUAAAGAUGACAAGCACCAGCGUCGACCCUUCGCUGCUGAGCACCUCAAUGGCCGCCUUCUCCUCCGCCAGAUAUUUCAAAUUUCCCGCCAGAACUCCUCCAACGGUCGUAUUUGGUCGGAAAACCAUCAAAGUUUCCUCAUGUGCCACCAUCACCACCGACGAUGACUCGAAUGAAAGUCGCUUUUGUGCAUCAUAUGGGAGGAGGGCACUUGUACUUGCUGCUACAAUUCCGUUUCUUCUUCCUCUUCAUCAAUCGACGGGGGGCUUUGGUGCCAAUGCUUUGGAUGAAGUUUCUCUCAUUCAGGGAGAAGUAAGAAAGGUAUUGUCUAAGGGCAAGGCUGCUGGUGUACUUCGGUUAGUUUUUCAUGAUGCCGGAACUUUUGAAAUGGAAGAGAAUUCAGGUGGUAUGAAUGGAUCUGUAGUUUUUGAACUUGAUAGACCUGAAAACGGAGGUCUUAAGAAAUCUCUGAAAAUUCUAGAGAAAGCGAAGAGUGAAGUGGAUGUAAUACAACCAGUGUCAUGGGCAGAUAUGAUUGCUGUGGCUGGAGCAGAAGCUGUAUCAGUAUGUGGAGGUCCAAAGAUCCCAGUUCUAAUCGGCAGAAUAGAUUCAAUAACCCAAGAACUUGUUGCAUUGUCUGGAGCUCAUACUCUAGGAAGUAAAGGUUUUGGUAAUCCAGUGGUCUUUGAUAAUUCCUACUUCAAAAUACUUCUGGAGAAGCCAUGGUUAUCUUCAGCUGGUAUGUCAAGUAUGAUUGGGCUUCCCUCAGAUCGUGCACUCGUUGAUGAUGAUGACUGCUUAAGAUGGAUCUCAAGAUAUGCUGACAAUCAGGAUUUAUUCUUCGAAGAUUUUAAGAAUGCUUAUAUUAAACUUGUAAACUCUGGUGCAAAGUGGAAAUAAUUUCCUGAAAGCACAACAGGGUGUUUUUAUAGCUUGUACCAUCCAGAGUCCCAGCAUCCCUGCUGAGAAUGAGCUCACUUAUACCCAUGAUUUGAAAAUGUUUCCAUGCUGGGAGGUGCAAAUCCAUGGCUGAAACUUCCCUCCAUCUGCAUCUUCAAAGUUACGGUAGCCCUAUAAUCCUGAAAGUGGAUCCAAAACACAAGGAGAUGCAAAGUAGGAGAAUGUUAAACUUUGUCAGAAUAGUAUCUUUAUCUUUUCAUCUGCCUAAAAUGGAAGAGAAAGGGGGUAAAAAUUAUAAUUUUGUUUCUUCAUGUAGUUUUUACUUGUUUGUGUUUUGGCAAAGUUAAGUAAUGCCCUCACAACCUUUUCAUGCUGCAAAUACCAGAUUCAUAGCAUUUUUUUUUUCUGUCCUUUCUGUCAUGUUUUGUAAAAUGACAAAUGUUAAUUCAACUACUGUGUGUUUAGAUUUGUUGGAAUAUAGACUCUGAAGGAGGCC